ACGGAAAACAGAGAAGAAGGAGGAGCUGCCACUGCCGCCAACCAACCACCGAUCUUCGCCGUCCCAGAAGGAGUCCUCUAACAUCAUCGCCCACCCGCCAGACGAGGAAUUGAAGAAGAGAUUUAGGAGCAUUUGGAUUUAAGGUGUUGAGUUGAUCGAUGUUGAAGUUGAUUUCGAGAGAGAACUUUCGCUAGAAAACAUUAUUAGUAAAUCAUUGUAAAUUUCUUUUUCAAUAACUUUAAUCAGUGAGCUUUUGAUUUUGAAGUUUAAGUUGUUUUAGCCUGUGCACUCGGUUAAGAGAGAACCGGGUGUGGCGGUAGCACCCCUAUUUCCCUUUAAAUUUUCCGCUGCACAUUUUCUAAUGUUUUCAAAUAAAGUUAGUAUUACUUUCCAAUAAAUUAUUAUUUAAAUGUAUUUUUGGGUGGGAAAUUUGGGGGUGUUACAUGAUAUAUACCAGAAAACCUUCUGUUAUGAUCGUAACAGAGAACCUCAAACACAGGUGGUUCUCUGUUGACACCAGAACAGAAGACCUCAUAGGUAUUCUGAUAAGGUAUUAUGUUGAGGUGUUCUGAUAAGGUAUUCUGAUAAGGUAUUCUGUUGAGGUAUUCUGAUCGGAAUCUCAACAUCUGCUAUUCUUCUCUUAGCACAGAAACAAGAAGACAGAAGACCAACUUGCAGUCAGAAUGACAGAAAGCAUAAAUAAUGUUACAAGAAAUUAUGUGACAAAAUUUCUUAUAACAGUAUUUAUUAAAAGCAAGUAAUCCUAUCUUGAGGAAAAGCAUUGAACAACACUCGACCUAGAUACUGAAUUUCUGUAAGCUAAAAAGAUAAAGAUAAAUCAUCUUAUCUUUGCCUCGAAAUGAUGAAUCAAGUUGAGUGAAGAUGAAAUGAUCCGUGUCACAAGAAGACAAGAAUCAACCAUGCUGCCCAGUCAAGUGGAACAAAGCAAGUAUAUCAAGCAACGAUCAAGAUUGGAUCACUCAGUCAACAGAGGAGAUUCAACAACAAAGUCUAUAAAUACAGAAGAAGUGUGGGAAGACCAAGUGUGGCACCAGAUGGCAACAAACCCUGGUAUAUUGGAACUCAGUGGAACAGAAGGGAAUCAAGGUUUACAAGUAAACAUCCAGCUAGCUGAUUCACCUUCACCACUCUGGUUACCACCCCACUCAUCUAAUGCUCUUAGAAUAGCUUAUCAUUCAUACACAUCUAUAGAGCUUAGAUUAGUUGGUAGAUUAGUUUAAACCCAUGUAAACUAGUCUAGUGUAUUCAUUCUGGGAUGUGUGUGAUCAUCCAGAAGGUGAGGCAAGGACAUGAGUAGCUUCUGGCUGGGCAAGCCAUUAGUGAAAAACCUUGGAGGACAUGAGUAGCUUGGAACAGUGUGGUUCCUCGUGAAAAACCUCACAAUCUAUGCCUGGGCAAGGGGAAGAUUGGGCACUAAAUGUAAUGGGAUAUUCAUUUAGUGGAAAAUCCAUCUGAAAUAGGUUUGGACUGGAUGUAGUAGGAUUACACCACCUCUGAACCAGGAUAUAUCUUGUGUACCUUUUAUAUUCAGC